ACUUUCUUAUCCCUCUUCCUUGACUCAGCUUCGACGCGUAAACAGCAUCGUAUGUUAACUUCGACAAAAUUUCACACUACUCCAAGAAGAGACCCGAGAAACGCAACAUGACCGAAACAGUUCUUGUGUUCGGCGCUUCUGGCAACGUUGGCGUGGCCGCCAUCAUCGGUGCUCUGAGCGCCAAUCGCCAUGUCAUCGCCGUUGUACGAAACCAGUCCAGUGCAGAGAAGAUGUUCAAACAAGUUGGAAGACGUGAGAGCAUCACUGUUGUUGAAGCAGAUAUAACCUCAGAAGAGUCGGUAAAGAGUAUCGUCGACCAAGUCCGUAGAGAGAUCCUUCCAUCCUUCCAGCACGUCUGGGCAUCACCCGGCGGAAUUUAUUGGGAUACUUCAAUUCUCGAUCUUGAAACCUCUGCUAUUCGGGAGGCCAUGACGAUCAACUUUGAGACUUACAUCUUCGCCUAUCGAGCCACCGUUCCCUACCUUCUCGAGCAGGGUUUUACGGGCAGUACCUGGACGAUGUGCACAGGAGGCUCAGGCGAUACGGGCUAUCGUGUCGCUCCGGCUGUGACACAAGGGGCGCUCUUCAGCUUUGCCGUCGCGGCUGCUCGUGAUAACGAGAAGACAAACAUCCGAUUCAACGAAGUCUAUCUCGCUUAUCGUGUACAAUUCGAAGUGGAAACGGGGAACCAGACCUUUGCAGGGAUCCAUAUGACAACUUCCAAAGACUUUGCGCCUUUGUACGAAAAGCUCUUGGAUAGAGCUGACAUAAGGAGCAGCCGCGUGAAAGCUCUGUCCCCUGAGGAUGUUCUGAAGCUUUCUUAUGAGAAGAAGUUCAGCGAUUGAUAAGAGGCUUCUGGGAAUCAUAUGGCACCAUGAACGGCAACAUAGACAUGAUUGAUAUGAUCACCGAGGCUAGUUAGGCCCUGCCUAGAGGUAUCUUUGAACUUAAUAGAGUACCAAACAAUCUCUUUAGAGAAACAUCACACAAAUUGACGUUGACUCU